ACUGAGAGUGGCCCCGCCUCGUCCUCCGUGAUUAGCGCCAUGAAGCACUCAACAGGCAGGAACUCUGAAACUACACCUUGCGCAGGUGCUUGCCUGACGUCGAAAAACAGUUCCUCAGAGCACCGCCACCUGACCUGAUGAGGGAACCACAGCAUCUCAUUCUAACCACUCCACGUCCGCUCCGGUCAGAGUGACCCACGGGGUGGCCUUGAGAAGCUGCCUGUUGCAAUUAUUCCGACACCCUUCUUGUCUCUCAGGAACUGUGGGGUGCUGCACUUUAGGGUGGGCGAGGUUCUGAGUUCAGAAUGAGCAGACUUCGGCAGCUUGGACUACUGCUCUGGAAAAACUACGUAUUACAAAAACGGCAAGUGUUGGUCACCAUUACUGAAAUAAGCCUGCCGCUUUUAUUCACUACAAUCCUUAUCGUUCUAAGACAACACGUCGUGUCCAUCCGGUAUCCCAAUGCAACAGUAUAUCCCCCCUUUAACAUUAACGACAUCCCGUACUUCCCACAACAUCCUUUUGCCCAGUGGUAUGUGGUUUACAUUCCUUCCAAUGUGACGGCAGUAGAGACAAUUGCCAUGACAGUGAAAGACAGUCUGCACAGGGUGGUUGAAGUUCUGGGUUUCCACACAGAAGCUCAGUUUGAAGAAUUUAUAAAAUCUGGAAGUAAGUUAACACAGAGUGUGUUGACAGCCUUAGUGUUUGACCAUGACUUCAAGCACCCUGAGGAGCCUUUACCACUACAGGUGAAGUACCACCUCAGAUUUAAAUACAGUCCUUGGAAUGCACCUCUUGAGGAACACAACUCUUUCAAUCCCAGUGAAGAUCGAAACUGGCACACAGAGUACCUCUUCCCAUUGUUCCAGUUGCCAGGGCCUCGGGAGAGGUACUUCAAGGAUGGAGGCACUCCAGGCUACUAUCGCGAGGGUUUCCUGGCUGCCCAGCAUGCCACAGACAAAGCCAUUAUCAGGUACCACACUGGCCGUGUUGGGGCUGAGCUCCUGAGCUUGGUGUCAGUGCAGAUGCUGCGGUUCCCUUACCCGCCCUACAUUGAUGAUGUCUUCAUUCUGGCAAUCCAGACCCAGCUCUCACUGGUUAUCAUGUUGAGCUUCACCUACACGGCACUCAACAUCACCAAAGCCAUUGUGCUGGAGAAGGAGACUAGGCAGAAGGAAUACAUGAAGAUGAUGGGGCUGAGUAACUGGCUGCACUGGGUGGCUUGGUCCCUCAAGUUCCUCCUGUUCCUUGUGAUUUCAGCUUUCCUCAUGACCCUGCUGCUUUGUGUAAAGCUCCGGAAUCAGAGGGCAGUCCUGCAGCACAGUGACCCCACACUGGUCUUUUCCUUCCUGAUGCUGUUUGCCGUUUCGACCAUUUCCUUCAGUUUCAUGAUCAGCGUCUUCUUCAGCAAAGCCAACACUGCAGCAGUGGUCAGUGGAUUCCUGUACUUCCUAACCUACGUCCCCUAUCUUUUCAUUGUACCACGUUAUCACAUGAUGACCUUCGCACAGAAAGUGGCAUCCUGUUUAUUCUCCAAUGUGGCAAUGGCAUUGGGCUGCCAGUUAAUUGGCAUGUUCGAAGGCAAAGGAACGGGUAUCCAGUGGGUGAACAUUAACCAGCCAGUGAACGUGGAUGACAGUUUCACCCUUUCUGAUGCGAUGGGUGUAUUGAUCAUUGACUGUAUCUUGUAUAGUUUGGUCACUUGGUAUGUGGAGGCCGUGUUCCCGGGGGAAUAUGGAGUACCAGAAGUCUGGUACUUUUUCUUAUUGCCCUCUUACUGGCUCAAGUCACCAAAAUCCACCUACAUCAAGGUCAACAGUGAGGAAGAGGAUCCAGAGGCUUUCCAGAACAAUGAAUACAUUGAGGAUGACCAGUCCGACCUAGAGGCUGGGAUCAUAAUCAAAGACUUAACCAAGGUGUUUCAUGCUGAUAAUCAGAUGAAGGUGGCCGUUUCCCAUCUCACUGUGAACCUGUACAAGGGACAGAUCUCGGUUCUGUUGGGUCACAACGGGGCAGGGAAGAGCACCACCCUGUCUGUGCUCACAGGCCUCUUUCCUCCUACAAGCGGUACGGCCUACAUUAAUGGGUUCAACAUCUGCAAGGACACGGCACUGGUACGCCAGAGCCUGGGCCUGUGCCCACAGCAUGAUAUUCUGUUUGACAGCCUGACUGUCAAGGAACACCUCUCCUUCUUCUGCAGGCUGAAAGGCUACAGAUCAGAGAAGGUGCAGGAUGCGGUAAACCAAAUGUUAAUGAUGCUGAACUUUGUGGAGAAGCAGAACAGCCCUGUGAAGAUUCUAUCUGGUGGGAUGAAACGCAAGCUCUCCAUUGCGAUUGCUCUCAUUGGAGAUUCAAAGGUUGUCAUAUUGGAUGAGCCCACAUCAGGCAUGGACCCUCUGUCCCGCAGAGCCACCUGGGACCUCCUACAGCAGGUGAAGAGCAGCCGCACCAUCCUGCUGACCACCCACUUCAUGGAUGAAGCUGAUCUCCUGGGGGACCGCAUCCUGAUCAUGGCCAGGGGGCAGGUCCAGUGCUGUGGGUCUCCUCUCUUCCUCAAGAGCCUGUACGGAGCUGGAUACCGCAUGGUGAUCGUCAAGGAGCCUCACUGUAACACCGUAAACAUCAACCGUCUCGUCCAGAGCUUUGUCCCCGGGGCUACCCAGCAGACCAAUGUUGGUGCAGAGCUCUCCUUUCUCCUCCCGAAUGAAUACACUGUCAGGUUUGAAGCUCUCUUUUCAGAACUGGAGCAAAGACGAGAGGAACUGGGAAUUGCAAGUUAUGGUGCCUCCGUCACAACCAUGGAGGAGGUGUUCCUGAGGGUGGGCAAGCUGGUGGACACCAGCAUGGACCAGGCUAUUCAGCUUCCGCCACUGCAGUAUCAGCAUGAACGCAGGGUGAGUGACUGGUCCGUCAGGGAGACCGCCAGUCUGGAUGGCCUAAUGAGCAACCUCAGGAGCUCUGAGCAAAGUCAAACCCUCGACCUCUCCACUGUCAAACCCAACACCGGGGUGAGAUUCUUCUUGCAGCAGUUUUACGCUAUGUUCCUGAAGCGAGCCACCUACAGCUUGCGGAACUGGAAGGUGAUCACUGGCCAGUUUAUGAUCCCGCUUAUUUUCGCUAGCUGUGCACUGAUUGUAGCCAAGACAUUUCCAGGACCCAAGGACUCGCCACCUCUAAACCUGACUCUCCAGCAGUACGGUUCCAGCAUUGUCCCCUAUUCUGUGGAUAGUAACUCCAGCCUGGCAGUGCAGCUGGCCCAGAUGUAUGAGGGGCUGCUCCCAGAACAGCUUGCGAAGCCCAAGCAUGUCAAAGGUGAUCUUAUAAACUAUCUGCUCAGUGACUCUGUGAAGAAGGGAUCGACGCUUAACACGGAGAUUUUAGUGAGCGCUUCUUUCCAAAGCACCAGAUCAGGCGUUAGGAUUGAAGCUUUGUUUAAUAACCUGGCCUUCCACACUCCCGCAACCUCACUGAUGCUGGUGGACAAUGCCCUGUUCAAGAUGCUGGCGGGGCCAGAAGCAUCGAUCAGCACCACCAACUACCCCCAGCCCCGCAACGUUACAGAGGAAGCCAUGGACCAGCUGAAUGAGAAUCAGACUGGCUUUGCUCUGUCCUUUAACCUGAUGUAUGGAAUGGCCUUCCUAGCCAGCACCUUCUCCCUCUUGCUGGUGUCGGAGCGAAGCCUGAGAUCCAAGCAUAUGCAAUUGCUUAGUACCGUCCACGUUGUCAGCUUCUGGCUGUCGGCACUCCUCUGGGACCUCGUGAACUAUCUCAUCCCCUGUUGGGCAAUCCUGAUGAUGUUCCAGGUGGCCGGGCUGCAGCCGUUCACUUUCCAGGAGAAACUUGUUGACAUUUUACUCCUGCUUGUGCUCCAUGGCUGGUCUGUCAUCCCCCUCAUGUACCUCACUCAUUACCUCUUCAGCAGCACCGCCACAGUGUACACAACGGUCACCAUCGCCAACAUCCUGUCCGGCACAGCCUCUUUUGUUGCUGUGACAAUCAUGGACAUCCCAGAGCUUGGCCUGAUGGGCCUAUCGAAGGUUCUGGACUCUGUGUUCUUGGUUUUACCCAAUUACUGCCUUGGGCAUGGCUUGAGCGAGUUUUACCAGAACUACCUGCUGAUCGGGGUGUGUACCAGCAGCCCAGUUGCCGAGUAUCUGUGUGCGAAGUUCAACAUCACCUACCAAAUGAAUUACUUUUCCUGGGAGCAUCCAGGCAUUGGCCGGAUCAUUGCUGCCCUGGCAACCCAAGGAUUGGCAUUCAUGGCUCUACUUUUCCUUGUUGAGUUCAAUGUUUUCAGAACUUUGUCCAGUUGUAUCCAUCGUACCUUCUGGAAGAAGAAGCUGGCUCUGAUUAUAGAUGCCAUGGCCCCGCAUGCUGUGGAAGACUAUGAUGUUAUGGUGGAGCGCAUGAAGAUAGAGGAAUCACCAGCCAUACAGCUGGACAAACCUCUGGUGUUAAAGGAGCUCUCCAAGGUCUACCCCGGGAAGGAGUCCACAAUCGCUGUGAACAGGAUUAGUUUGGCCGUGAGCAGAGGCGAGUGUUUUGGAUUGCUGGGGUUAAAUGGAGCUGGAAAAACAACCACCUUCAAAAUUCUAACAGGUGGCGUGAACGUGAGUGGGGGAGAUGCAUUUAUUGAAGGUCGGAGCAUUCUGAAUGGUAAAAAGGAGGUGUGGCAGAAAAUCGGAUAUUGUCCGCAGUUCGAUGGCCUCCUGGAGCACAUGACGGGAAGAGAGACAUUGUGCCUCUACGCUCGUCUCCGCGGCAUUCCCGAGCCGCUCCUCAAGCAGUGCGUGGACGAUGUGCUCCGGAGCCUCCUGCUCGAACCCUACGCCCGGAGGCAGGUUCGGACGUACAGCGGUGGGAACAAGCGGAAGUUGAGCGCUGGAGUGGCAAUGAUUGGGAAUCCAAACAUUAUUUUCAUGGACGAGCCCUCUACUGGCAUGGACCCCAUCUCCCGGAGGCUGUUGUGGGAUGUGGUGAAGCAGCGUCUCGAGAUGGGCAAGUCUGUAGUGAUCACUUCCCACAGUAUGGAGGAAUGCGAGGCACUCUGUACCCGGCUGGCAGUGAUGGUCAAUGGCCAGUUCAAAUGUCUUGGCAGCCCUCAGCAUCUGAAGAGUAAAUUUGGCAGCGGAUACACACUACUGGUCAAAAUCCAGGGGGACCAUUCCAAUCUCCAGACUUUCAAGGACUUCAUUGAGUCUACGUUUGAAGGUAGCCGCAUCAAGGACGAGCACCAGGGGAUGCUGCACUAUCACCUGACUAGCAAACAGCUCACUUGGGCACAGAUCUUCGGCACGUUGGAAGGAGCUCGGGGGAAGUACAGCAUCAAGAGUUACUCAGUCAGCCAGAUCUCCCUGGAGCAGGUAUUUCUUGGCUUUGCCCAAUUCCAAACCCACAGAGACCAGUGAGGGAGUCCACACUGAUCAUCCUGAACAUCCCAACAGCUCCAGCAGCCCUAGUGGGGACAAGGACUCGACUAAUGAAGACUUUUAUACACAACAGGAGUUCAGGAUGGAGAGAUGGGGGGGUGGGGUGUCUAAAUGAAAUAUCCAGAGUAAAGUUAAUACUUAACUUGAAAGGUCUACGGUGUGCUGGGGCCAGCAGGACAUUGCUAUUUAGUCCCUUGUGUCUGUUCCUUGCUCAGGAAGGUCACGGCUAAUAGAAGAUGUGCUGCCAUUGAGAGGGUCGAGGGUAGGUUCACAGGAAUUAUUCUGGGAAUGAAAGGGUUAACAUAUAAGGAGCGUAUGGGCCUGUAUUCACUGGAGUUUAGAAGAAUGAAGUGAGAUCUCAUUGAAACCUAUCAAAAGGCUGAGAUAGAGUGGAUGUGUGGAGGAUGUUUCAUACAAUAGAGGAGUCUAACACCAGAGGGCACAGGCUCAGAGAUGAGGAGGAAUUUCUUUAGUCAGAGGGUGGGAAAUCUGGAAUUCAUUGCCACAUAUGGCUGUGGAGGCCAAGUCAUCGGGUGUAUUUAAGGCAGAUGUUAUUAGGUUCUUGAUUAGUAAGGGUAUCAAAAGUUAUGGAGAGAGGGCAGGAGAAUGGGAUAAUAUAUCAGCCAUGAUGGAAUGGUGGAGCCGAGGCUGAAUGGGCCAAUUCUGCUGCUAUGCCUUAUGGUCUUUAAAAUGCUCCCAAUUCUCCAAAUAAGAUGAAGUUUGCAUUUUGAAACAGUCAGCUGUGGAUUUUUGCAUUUUAAAACCCAGUUAGAUGUUGUCAGUGGAGGUGGGACCAGGGACAGUCUGUGCUCUGAUUAUCACACCAUCCUGGGGCUGGUCACGAUGUUCUGGGCUGGAGGUAUUUGAACAUUUUUAACUGCAAUAUUAAUUCAGUGAUGCUUUUGGGCUUCAGUACAGGUUGAUGUCUGAAUUAGAUAAUGAAGACUCCUCAAACACUUACCUCUGUUUCAGAUUUACCUGGACUUAUAGUGUGAUCAAGGUCUCCCAGUUCAAUUCCGGGCUUUCCUGUAAGAAGUCCGUGGAAUGCAUGGGUUUCCUUUGGGUGCUCUGGUUUCCUCCUACACAAAAACAUAAUUGGUCAUUGUAAAUUGUCAUGUGAUUCGGCUGGUGUUCGAUCGGUGCACUGCUGGGCGGUGUGGCAUGAAGGGGAGGACUGGGAGGGCCUGCACCGCACUAUAUCUCUAAAUAAAUACUUGCAUACUGUACAUACAAAACAAACACAGACUCCCGCAGCCGUGAUUCACUCAGUGCGUUAAUGGAUACAUGUGAGAAUAAUAAAACAAUUUAAUGUAAUUUUCUUUCACGUCCAAUGUAUGGGAAACCUGACAGGCAAGAAUCGGCACCAAAUUAAGGAAGGAAGAAGGAAACAGAGAAUGUCUGUAAAGUGGAUGAAAAUAUAAUCUACUAGUUACUGUACUUAAGAAGGAAUUGUCAGCCAUUGUGGCCGUUCCAGAUGUGUUCCUGUGUUCCCAAUCUGACUUCUGACGCUUGGCAUCCUCACUCACUGAGACAGGCCGGACCAACUCUUUUCUGGAUACGGGCACCCACUCGGCCAAAGUGCUAAACUAGAAAGUGGGGUGGGGGGGAAGAUAUCCUGAGGGCUCGGAUUAAUCGGCUUCAAGAGUAAUGCAGAGAUGGUUGUGUCUUGGUCCCAGUACUGAAGUUUGAAAACUAUUGUGCACUACAAUGCUGCUGAAUGUGUAUCUCUGAUUUCCUCUGAGAAUUGGUGUUUGUUUUUUUUAUUAUGCUGAAACUGUGCUUUUAACUGUAAAGGAGUCCAUGGGUUACUGAGCAAAUUAAUUGAUCUUUGGUUUAAUGGUUUGAUUUAGAAUUCUAUCCAAUGGGAAUUUUGUUAAUUAAUUUGAUCCAGAAACUGUCAAGUGUAAUAUCUCAAUUGGAAGAUUCCUUCUUCAGCCCUUCACCUCCCAGCUUCUUCCUUCAUCCCUUCUUCCCCUCACUUGGUCUCAACCUUUGUACUUUCCUCCUUCCCUGCUUCCCCCUCCUCCCUCCCCACAGUCUGGCAUCUUUCCCCCUUUUCAGUCGCAAUGAAGGGUAUGGCCCAGAUCAUCAACUGUUUAUCCCCCUCCAUAGAUGUUGCCCGACCUGCUGAGUUCCUCCAGUGUUUUGUAAGAGUUAUUCUGGGUGACUAAUGGUCUUUGAGGAAUCAAAUCCUUGUUCUUGACUAAUGGAGACCUCAUCUGACCUCUGUUCCACUACAAUCUCAUCAAUUCACAAAUGAGGAGAUCCAAGCAACACACAAAAUGCUGGAGGAGCUCAGCAGGCCAGGCAGCAUCUAUGGAAAAAAACACAGUUGACAAUUUGGGCCAAAACUCUUUGGCAGGACUAGGGAAAAAUAGCUGAGGAGUAGAUUUGAAAGGUGGGAGGCGAUGGGUGGGCAAGGAAAUAAUAUGAGAGAGAGGGACAAAAGGGAUGGGAAACUGAAAGGGGGGCAGUACUGGAAGUUUGAGAAAUCAAUGUUCAUGCCAUCAAGAAUAUAAUGCAUUAUAAGUGCACUGUCGGGAUGAGGCCACGCUUAGAAACAACACCUUAUAUUCCAUUUGGGUAGCUUCCAACCUGAUGACAUGAACAUCAUUUUCUCAAAUUUCCAGUGAUACCCCCCAACACUCCCCCCUUCACCAUUUCCCAACCUUUUUCCUCUCUCAUGUUAUCUCCUUGCCCAUCCAUCGCCUCCCUCUGGUACGCCUCCCACCCCCCUUUCCCUCCAUGAUCUUCUGUCUCUUUCACCAAUCAACUUCCGAGCUCUUUCCCUCAUUGCUCCUCCCCUCCAAGUUUCACCUAUCACCCUGAUGUUUCUCCAUCCUCCCCCCACCUUUCAAAUCUACUCAGCUUCCUCUUUCCAGUCCUGCCCUACUGAAUCUCAGUAAUUCCUCUGCAAUCGGAGGGCAAACUACAAAUCUGGAGAAAAGAUCAACAGCCACUAAAUGUGGGCCACAUCCCAUGGCGAUCAAACUGAACAAUUUUAUUUAACUACAAAUAAUAAACUGUCACCUACUGUUACUUUGCACUUUUGAAUAUGAAAUUCCACUUUUUUAUUAAAUUGCCUUUCAGUAAAAGCUGAAAUUUAACAAUUUAUAAAUCAAAUGUUCAUCUUCUAAAUUCUAAACUUUGCCUCGUGUUUUUAUAUAUAAACAAUUGAAUUAAUCAAGUUAUGAUUGUAGACAAUCAGCUGUUGUCUGGUUCUGAAGACAGCCAGAGACUUGUCCCCAGAGCAGAAAUGUUGAAUAGGAGAGGGCAUGAUUUUAAUGUAAUGGGGGGUGGAUGUCAGAGGUAAGUCUUUUCACACAGAGUGGUGGGUGUAUGGAACACCCUGCCGGGGUGGUAGUAGAUUCAGAUACAUUAGGGAAAUCUAAGAAACUCAUAGAUAGGCCCAUGGAGGAUAGCAAAAUGGAGGGCUGUGCAGGAGGGAAGGGCUUGGAUUGAUCUUGGAGCAGGUUAAAAGGUCAGCAUAACUUUAAAUGCAACUAAAUUAUAUAAAGCAUUAUCCCAAAGUUGUUAAUACGGAACAUAAGGAGUACAAGAACAAUAACUAGCAGGCUCGAUCUGAGGUCGGGGCACACGCCGGUAGACUGGGUCUGUUUUAAAUAGCCUGAAGUAAGUGUCAGGAUACACACCGGUAGACUAGGUCUGUUUUAAAUAGCCUGAAGUAAGUGUCAGGAUACACACCGGUAGACUGGGUCUGUUUUAAAUAGCCUGAAGUAAGUGUCAGGAUACACACCGGUAGACUGGGUCUGUUUUAAAUAGCCUGAAGUAAGUGUCAGGAUACACACCGGUAGACUGGGUCUGUAUUGAACGGGAUUGUAAUGAGUAUGAGAACCCCUGACUGCCAGACUCAAUUUAAUAUAGGGACGAACACACGUAGACUGGGUCUGCUUUGAAGGUGAUUAUAAAUUAGUACCAGGACCCUGACCGGUCUGAUGCCUGGACACAUGGGAACGCGUUCAAGGGAAUUGUAAGUAAUACCAGGACCCUUGCCAACGGACUUGGUCUAAAGGCUGAUUUGUACUUGUGCGUCGCAUCUAC